AUGGCAAAGCAUUUCCUAAAGUUUGCAAGUUGGAAUAUUGAAGGUUUAUUAAGUAAAAUCGAUGACUCAGAAUUUAUUUCAAAGCUACAUAAAUUUGAUUUAGUCUCUUUAGUUGAAACGUGGUUGCCCCAUGAAAUAUGCAAUAUUAAUAUCGAUGGUUUUCAUUCAUUUUCAAAAUGUAGAAAAACGGUUUCUCAAAAUUCGCGUAGAAGUUCUGGUGGUAUAACUAUUCUUGUUAAGUCAACUCUUAAAAAAGGGAUAAAGUUUUUAGACAAGGAAAGUAGUGAAGAGUUUGUUUGGUAUAAAUUGGACAAAACGUUCUUUAAUCUCAAACAUGAUAUUUUCAUUUGCACUGUAUACAUUCCACCACAGAAUUCAUCACGUGAAUCACGAUUAAAUACUGAUCAUUUCGAAAACCUCCAAAAUAAUAUUUAUAAGUUUGCAAGCAAGGGCAAUAUCAUUUUGUGUGGAGAUUUUAAUGCUAGAAUAGGUGUUGUAGAAGAUUUUGUUGACAAUAAGUUCUUGGAAGAUGAUAAAUAUAUCACUCCAUCAUUAGACCAGCGAUAUUCAAAAGAUCACCAUGUUAAUGCUUAUGGGAAAUCCCUUAUUGAUCUAUGUAUUGGCAAUGGUAUGGCUGUUUUAAAUGGAAGAACAAACGGUGAUCUCCUUGGGCAAUUUACCUGUCAGACCUACAACGGGGCAAGUGUGGUUGACUAUGUUGUUAUCUCGCACAGCUUGCUCUCAUUUGUUGUAGGCUUUAAUGUUGAAGAUAUCACUGAAUUUUCUCAUCAUUCAUGUCUGUCUUUUAUACUACAGAUUAAAUAUCCACAAAACUCAGGUGAUACUUUCAAAUUAACCCCUCAUAUUAAAUCUUUUAUUUGGAAUGAAAGUCAAAAGGAUGCUCUAAGAGAAUGCAUGAGUUCGAACGAAGUAGAAAAUAAAUUAGAAUCUCUAUUUUUCCAACAUAAAGGUGUAUCUAGUGAUGAAGCAACCUACACAGAUAUACUUGUAGCUAAUUUCUCAGAAAUUUUGUCCGAUACCUCACAAAAAGUUCUAAACAUUAAGAGGCAAAAGAAAAAGAUCAAAAAAGGUAAUACCAAAAUGAGACAGGAAUGGUAUGACGAAAAUUGUCACAAUCUGAAAAAGAACUUGAGAAAUUUAGGUAGUGUACUCUCGAAAUUUCCCAACGACAUUUACUUACGUCAUCUCUUUUUUGCAAAAAAGAAGGAAUAUAAACGUACAGUUAAAAAACAAAAAAGACAAUUUCAUAAUUCUAUACUAAAUAAAAUUGAAUUAUUAUCAGAAAACAAUCCUAAAGAUUUCUGGAAACUCGUUAACUCCAUAAAAGCUCAAAAACCUAGAACUUCACACGAAAUUUUACCAUCUGAAUGGUUUGAUUAUUUCAAAAACUUGAACAAAAUAAAUAUCAAUACUGAAGUAGCAAGCAGUUAA